AUGGCUUCCGAAAUAGACGAACAAAUCCGGCUGGAAGAUACGCUCAAAACGUUCCAGCAGCUGCGUGCCGAUUCAUCGAUAAGCGGCAAACCUACGACCGACAAUGGAAGGAAUCCAUUUCGGGCGGAACUGGACAGUGCCAGUGAAACGCGAAUGAAGGAUCGUCAAUUAAUAAGGAAAAUUUUCGGUAAUCGGUGCGAAUGUGGUGCCGAACGGGCACCCAUCGCUACGGUAGCAAUGCACCACGGCAAACAUAGCGCCUCGAUGCACCUGGAGCACGGUAUACGGAAUCAACCCACCUUCAAGCACAAGCAUCGUUCCGAUCGGAAGACGAUUGUGCGGGACUCGAUGCUACGUAACAUCGGCAAGUGUGUACAUCAGAAUCUUCGCAAGCAACACGAAGGAAAGGGAAACGCUGGUCCGUCCGGUGCCUCGCUCAAGCCAUCCCUUUCGGAGACAAAUCUCACCAAAUGUUUCGCCGGCGAGGCUAGCGAUGAUAUGCUCGAUUUUAGGUUACUGAUCACACAGUGUAACGAUUUGACACUUGUGCCGGGUGCCUCCACCGGUGUGGGAUCCACAUCCUCAUACCUGCCGGCGGGUGAAGAGCAACCGAAUUUUUCGCACAACAGCUUCCGAGCGCUCCGCACGACAGACCUUACCUGGCAGCAGCUCAGCCGAACCACGGUCACCGCACGGCACAAUCGUAAGCGGCAGCUGAAGAAAUCCAACAGUACCUCAUCGCUUGACAGCGACGGCAGCAGUGUGGAGGUGAACUUUAGGGGCAGCGGAACGCGUUGUGGUUCAUCGCAAGGUACCGUCGCGAUCGACGGUGAUGGGCUGGCAAUGGCGUCACUGUUUCCGGCGUUGCCCUCAGGUAAUGCUACGGCCGGUGGCUCAUCGCCGACCAGCAGCAGCAGUAGCAGCACGAACGCAUCAUCUGCUUCCUCGUCUGCUGCGGCUUCCUGUUCCCAGCAGGCCCGCCUUAAUGCCAUGCCCUGCGAUGUAACGAUCGACGAAAUGGCAAGCUAUUUCGAGACGCUCGUGUACAUCCCGAAGAAAAUGUCCAGCAUGGCGGAAAUGAUGUACAUCUAA